GCCAGUUAAAAAAGGAAGUGUGUUUGCAGAGUUAAAAGCAGCAUAAGAGGAGCAUUAAAUGAUUUCUUUAUACUGACAUCUGUGCAGUCUGUGCCCAAGCAGCUGUCAAGUAAAGAUGGUGCGAUCUGUCCUCUUCCUGCUUCUGCUCAACACCUCGGCCUGCUGUGGUUUUGGCUUUAAAGGCUGCUCUCUGAACUUCCCCAUGACAGACGUUAUAUGGUGCUUCAACCGGAACAUCGUUAACCUUUCUGAAGUUGUUAGCAUGUUGCCAGAUAACAUAACUACCAUCAUCCUGUCCAAGAACAUGAUCAGGGUCAUCCCACCUGGAUCAUUCAGUCAGAUGCUUGAGCUCGAACGCCUGGACCUGAGCCAGAACCAGCUGGUCUCUCUCAAAGGAGGAGAAUUCAAAGGCCUGGGUGUCCUGAAAUGGCUCAACCUCACCUGCAACAACAUAUCACACAUCCACUCCAAUGCCUUUGAUGGACUCACCAGUCUACAAACCCUGCUUCUGAUCCACAACGUACUUGCAACAAUCUCUCCGGAUAUCUUUAAGUUCCUCCCAGCCAUUCAAGAAGUCGAUCUGUCCCUUAACAUGCUCAAGACUUUCAGCUGUGGGGACUCUGGUGGAUCCUCCACUCUUUUGCAGCUCGACCUUUUCGCAAACAACAUCCAGAGGGUUAAUGUAAGCUGUUUCCCUGCCCUUGAGUACAUCAGGCUGUCCAACAACUCAAAACUGGAGCUGCAGGCUGAUGUUUUUGCCUCCAACCCUAGGCUGAAGAGUCUGCUUUUACAGGGAGUUAAUGCAGAAGUGCUGGCGGGACUCUUAGCGGAGACAAAGAAGAAUCUCUCUUCGGUGGCGUUUUCUCUGUUUGUGGAGAAAUCUCCACUGACGAUCUGUGGAUUGUUAAAAGGAAUGAACCAGCUUAAGAAAGUCGAGGUUGACUUGAAAGGAUCCAGGUUACCUGAGGCUAACUACAGCCUGCUGGACUGUGACAGCCCACCUGUGGUUGUUAUAAUGGAUGCAAAGCUUCGAAAUGUUGCACAGUUGUCGCUGGGUAGGGGUAAUACGAGCAGACUUUAUCUCAUCAACUGUGGGUUGAAGCAGAUAUCUCAUACUACAUUCGACGGUUACCGAGGACUGAAAAUGUUGCAGCUGAAUCAAAAUAAGAUUGACAUUCAGAGGGACACAUUCAAAGGCCUCACCAACCUCACCUUUUUAAGCUUCGACAAGUGCAAAAUUCGUGACAUUGACCCCAACUGGUUCGUCCCUCUGAAGAAACUGACUCGCCUGUCUCUCGUGAAAAAUGAAAUCACUGAGUUGACACCAAAUGUGUUCAGCGCCCUAACUCGACUUGAGCAACUCUACCUGCAGUUCAACCUGCUGAAAUACAUCACCAAGAAGCCCUUCAGUAAGCUAUGGAGGCUAACGAAGCUCAACCUCAGCUUGAACAUUAUUGAUUUUAUCGAAGCCGGCACCUUCCAAGACCUUACGAGACUUAUAUACCUGGACUUAAGUGGGAAUCGGAUCAAGAGGCUGACACCAUAUAUUCUGUCUGGCCUGAUCAAUUUGAGGCAAUUUGUGCUGUACAACAACCGCCUUCAUUUUAAAUCCUAUGAAGCUCCUUUCAUAAACCUUACUUCUCUGGAGUAUCUGGAGAUGAACUACCAGGGGCCCGGAGGUCAAGGCAUUGGUGUCAUUGGACCGCAUUUCUUCCAAGGUCAACGUAGACUUACCUCCAUUGCCAUGGGGCACAGCAUCCUGGUCGACUUCCAUCCCAAUGCCUUUGUUCCUCUGGUCAAUUUGAAAUACCUGUACAUAGCUGGAGUUGUUAUGAAAACGACCAACCUGAGCGCGGUGUUGUCUCCUCUGAAAAAUCUGAAGAAGCUGACUCUUUACAGAGCAGACCUUGAUGCUCUGCCUGCCAACCUUCUGCCACCAGAUAAUACACUGGAGAUCCUCAAAGUCCAGUCAAACCACCUGCACACUGUAGACAAAACUAUGCUGGAUGCUCUCCCAAGAUUGCGUGUUUUGGACAUUACAGAAAACCCACUUGCCUGUACCUGUGAAAAUGCCUGGUUGAAGACCUGGGCCAUCCACAACACUUAUACACAGGUGUCCUACCUGUACAGCCUGCGGUGUGACAACGACAGGAGAUCUCCCUACCUGUGGCAGUUUGACGAUAAGGCUUGCUCCUAUGAACAGGUUUCCUUCACUCUCUUCAUCACCUGCUCUGUGGUGGACAUAUUGUUUGUAUGUGUGUGUCUGGCCUGGCACACACAAGGCCCCACUCUGCGCUACCUGCUGCUCGUCCUCAGGGCAAAACUACGUGGACGUAGGGGGGCAGCAAGGGCCAAAUUCCAGUAUGAUGCAUUCAUCUCCUACUGCUCUAAAGAUGAGGACUGGGUGAUGGGACAGCUGGUGCCCAAUCUAGAGAGGCCUGCUGGUGGUGAACCGAGUCUCAGGCUGUGCCUUCACCACCGUGACUUUAGGCCCGGCGCUGCUGUUCUGGAGAACAUCGAGGCAGCCAUUCACAGCUCUCGCCACACCAUCUGUGUGGUGACACGUCACUUCCUGCAAAGUGAGUGGUGCUCCAUGGAGUUUCAGUUGGCCAGUUUAAGGCUUUUAUGUGAUGGCAGUGAUGUCCUGCUGCUGGUGUUCCUGGAGGAGCUACCUGAACACUGUCUGUCUCCCUACACACGAUUACGCAAGAUCGUACACAAGAAGACCUACCUGCUGUGGCCUGAGAACCCACAGGAACAGGAAGCUUUCUGGGUCAGAAUGAUCAAUGCUUUGAAAGACAACGAGGAGGGAGGAAGAGGUGGAGAACAUGAGUUGGCAUAGCUAAUUGGCGAAAUCAAAUUUUGAGAUAGUAAGUCACAAUUAUGACUUACAACAUCAUAAUUAUACAAAGUCAUAAUUAAAGUUCAUAGUAUAGUAUGUCAAUAAAUAAGUCUUAGUAAAGUAUGUACGAAAAAGUCAUAGCAUAUUAUUAAAAAGACAUAUUUAAGUAUUUGACAAAAAAGUCAUACUAUAGUAUGUCGAAAAAAAGUGAUUAAAAAGUAAUAUUUUAGUAUUUGACGAAAAAGUCGUAAAAAAAAUCAUAGUAUAGUACAUCAAUAAAAGUCAUAGUAU